CAAAUUUGCAUUUGCAUUGUGUAAACAUAUAAAUGAUGUCCCUAUGAGGGCGCAGUUAUCGUAUAUAGAAUCCAAUCUAUUCUUCAUUUAUCUAUUUUCUUCACUUUCCUAUGUCGCUUCCGGUUUCUUCAACUCAAAAGACAUUAGGCCGUGUGUCAAAGUGCGCACGUGCGCACGACUACUCUCGUUCUCUCUCGUACGGAGCGUGUGUGAGCUCUCUUGACACGUAAAUGGUACAUGAAGCUUGCCAAGAGAGCCAUUCAAUCUGCGUCGUGUGAGAAAGUCUCAAAGCCUCGGCCACGAAUCGACUCGUUCUCGACCUACACAUCAAAUAUAUACAUACAUAAAUACAUACAUAUAUAUAUGCAACAUACAUAACAGAGAGAUUCGUUUUCCUCAUAGCCUUUGGUGUCGAGAUCAUUCGUGCACGUUGUUUCUUUUCUGCACGAAUAGAAGCGGAGGAAAUAGUGUGCGAAUAGGCGAAAGGAUGAGAAUUAGGCAUGUCGGGAAAUACUCCUUGGUUUUCAGAUUUAAUUUAUUUAUUUAUGUACGGGAUAUGAAUGCAAGCCCCGAUGUUCUUAGUAUUGUUGACAUGUGUCGUUGGUACACUUUCAUUAGCCGGCAAUGAUCGAGGGGUUCCAAAUUUGGUACAACGAAAUCAAAGAUACGCCUUGAGCGAAUUUUUGAUCCCACCACCGCUACCACAACUGCCAUCACGCAUAUUUCCCGGAGGAAGGACUGGACGAACUACUAAUCCACAUCUUGCUGAAUCUCCUGGUUAUUUCUCAAAGUUCAUAAGUUGGUUAAAUCCGUUUACAAGUGGUACUACCGUGGAAACGCCUCUACCUCCACCUCCUGAAACGCUCCAUCCGCCAAAGUUUGUUCAAUCACAUGUGCCACCACUACCAUCAUCGGGACAACCACCUGGAUUGCCAUUAGCAACGUCUCAAGUUUACAAUGCACUACCAUCACCUGUUUUUGACAGACUACCAUUGCCCCAACCGCCGUCUCCCGCAGAUAUUUACAACAAACUAAAUCCACAGGCCAAAAACAAGAAUUGUAAUCCGUGCAACAAAAUUCCUUGGUUACCCAUGAAUCUUGGAGGAGCAUACCUUCCUCCAAGCAAUCAAGAUGGACAUAUUGGAGUUGUGACUGGAGAAUAUCUUCCACCGAGUAAUCACGGACUCGUUGCUGCUGCAUCUCAGGAGGUCAAAAUACCAGACUUUUUUUAUGCACCAUCUUUACAAAACGGAGAAAUUCCAUCGAUCGGACCUCUACCGAAUCCACAUUUGUAUCCAGGUCCUAUGCCUCCGCUGUUCAAAGCAGAAGUAUUUGAUUAUCCUACUAAAGGAAAUUUACAACAUCACGAGGUACCCGUAUCGACUAUUAUUGAAACAAGUCCAUCGUUAUCUUUAGGAAUAUCAAAUGAUCAAACGAACAACUCCGGUGAUAGGAAUUUAGGAAUUCCUCAAGAAGGACAAACCAUUUUUGAAAGUCAUCAAGUGUCUGGUUCAAGUCAUACUGAGUUCAGUAAUCAAGGAUAUGGUGGAGUUCAAAUAGACUUGUUUUCUAGUGCUUCUCAUGAGAAUCAACAAGGACCCGUGGUUUAUCCAAAUCUUAAUAAAGAAAAUGAUGCAACGUCGGUUAAAGAAAAUUUCGAUGAGUCCAAGAUAAAUCAAUUUUCAGAACCUAAUGCUUCCGGUAAUUUCGAACAUAUAAAUUUUGGGAAUAAUCAACAAUUCGUUGAUUCUUCUAGAUUGGAUUUUCAAAAAACCGAUCAGACUGUUCCUUCAUCUGUAAUAGGAAACGAUCAUUAUGUUUUUGGAAAUACAGAGUUGGGACAGCAAAACUACAAUGGUGAUAUCUCAUCUAGUAUCGGUAUAGUUAAAGAUUCUCAUGCAUCAGGUACUGAUGGAUUUUCCAAUGUAGGAAAUCCAAUAUAUUUUGAAGAAUCGCCAUUGACAGAUUUAACAAAGACGAGCGAAAGUCGUACUGAUUCGCCCUCGAUAUCUUCUCCUUCUACCUUCAUUGAUCUUGAUAGAGAACAAAAUUCUAAGGCAACCUUGGAUUAUGAAUCGAGGCCGAAUUCUUUCCAAGUACAACAGGAAAUUAAUCGAUUAGGAUUAUUGGGUGGUAGUAAUGAUAGUUUUUUGAAUUAUUCGACAGAAAGUAAUGUGAUCAAAGACUUAUUUAGAAUUGACAAAAUUAAUGAGCAAACAUGGAGAAAUACUAAACCGACUACUUUGACUACCGAAGGUUUGCAGAAUUUUGAUACUUUAUUCGUAGCACCACAAGCACAAUUAACUGAUUCUUGGUCAGUCGUUUUGUCGACGACAAUGAGGACGACACAAGAUGAAACUUUAUUAAAUAAUUUAGGAAAAAACAAAGACACAAAUAAAGAAGAUCAUAGUUUACAACAGUAUGGAGGAAAGAGAAAUAAACAGGUACAGGUAAUAAUUCCGUAUACGUCGCAAUAUACUCCAUUACCUUUUCAUACGUCCUAUGAUGAUAAAGAUAAUGUGGAACAAACUCAACAACGGACAGUAUCUUUCGUGGACGUAUCGAAUCGCGACAACUAUGUCAGUGAAGAGUCUAGAAGCGAGAGUAAGGUGAUAAGUCUUCCAGAAACGGUGACAGUUUCCGGCAAUUUGAAUAUUUUGGAUGAUCAUACGACGAAAGUUGUAACAACGACAACUGAAAAUGUCUUUAAUAUUAGUACGAAGAAAGUUAACAAUUCGAUAGACGUUCAUAGAUUACAAAAGAAUAUUGACAAUUGGACAAUACAGGAAUAUUCGCGAGGAACCACUUUUAGCACGAUCUUACCCAGUUCUUCUCGUCCUUAUCUGCAACCAUCGAAAAAAAUACCUAACGAAUAUUUCACGACAACGGAAUCUGGCGAACAUGUGAACGGUUUGAACGAUCAUGAAGAAAAUGUAAAAUCUUUUGCAUUGGCUGGAUUCAGUUUUAACGAUAUCGAGGAUGAAGGACCUAAUUCAUUCGAAGAAUCUAGGAUACAGACCAUACAUGUUGAAAAUCCAACAACCAAAGCGGAAUUUAAUACGUCGAAUGUAAACGAAAAUAACUCGAACGUGACCACGAAGAAACAAGAAAGUUCUUGGAAAACUUUUCCAGUAUCGAUUUCGACGGUCGAUAAGGAACGAGUCUAUGUCGUGACUCCUCAGACAACUACAACGGUUGCAACCGAGCGUCGCGAGGAGGAAAAUAAAUCGAGUACGAAGAGCUCAAAGAAAGGGAGCGUAGUCUAUUCGAAGAGCAUCAAGAGUAAGCAGGAUGAGUUCGAGAAAAUAGAGAGAGCUUAUCAAGUUCUACCGCAGGCUGUAAAUAAUUUAGCUGUGGCUUCCACGGGUCCGGAAACCCUUCCUCUAUGGGGAAUAAUGGAACACGAAGAGUUUGCCUUGUUAGGCCAAAAUGAAGACGAGAACAAUGACGAUGAGUCAAUAGUGGCGCCUAUCCUUUAUACCGGACAUUCUAAGGUUUCACGGGCUAGGCGAUGAUUAGAUAAAAGACUUUCGAUUGUAUAAAGAUUUUUCAUACUUCUGUUUUGUCGCUGAUAUAACUUCGUACAUAGAUUAAUAAUAGAUAGAUAAGUAAUAUUUGUGAUCGUCGAGGAGCAUUUUUAAUUAUCAAGACUUUCCGGUCGAUGCAAAGAAGAAGAAAUCGGUCAGGCGCCAAGUCAAGAAAGAUGAAGAAACCACAAUUUCUCAUGUGCAAGAUAUUUAAUUAAAGGGACAUCGAUAACUAAUUAAUUUAAAAACUAGUGUUAAACGAAUGUGUGACUGAUAGUGAUUGAUGAUAUGAGAAUACUAAACACAUCGUGUUUUGUUAUUUUCUAUCAGCUCAUAUGGUAAUAUUCAUUAGUUAUUUAUCUUUGAUAUGUAUAAAAUAUCCAACGCCAGAACUUGCGAAAAUAAUAGUAAAGUAUUUUAUUUCUAUGUUUAAUAUUUAUUCACCACAUUACAUCGCGUUUCUUUCAUUCGUUUGCCAGUUAGAGAUUUUCUCUCAGGGUCAUUGAAUUUUUUUCAUCCAAUAAAGUCACUUAGGAUUUUUAUUUUAUUAUAUUAUAUUAAUUUCUUUUGUAUAAUCGUACAUAUUUUUUAAGACUAUUUCUAUUUAAUCUUUAACGAAUAAGAAAAACGAAGCAAAAAAUUUUAAAUAUUCAAUAAAAAAUUCGACGAUUGAUUCUUCACUAUUCACCUUAAGCCAACUGUUUUCUAUUUGCGAUGUGACUCGAUUUUCAAAACGAUUGCAUUUUACUUCAGAAAGUCACUUUCGCCGAUUUCGAAAAUCUGGAUGCUAGCCAAAAGGUGAUUCAGGUGAUUGUAACUAAAUAUAUCAACCGUGCGUGCGGCACAUAAAUGCAUAUCAUGAAAUUGAUUUGACAUCGGCUUUUCAGAAUCGUAUGGUGAAAGGAGAAAAUACAGUAUCCGGACAUAUUUGGAACGCAUGAACGCACGUCUGUGCGUGAUUUUACUACCGCAUUGGAAAAUUUAGAAGCGUACCUGCUAGGUCAGUACGAAGAUUUAUUUUAAAUGGUAAAUUAUUAAAGAUUCAUUACUAAUUAUAUAUUAUAAUUCAGUUUAAUUGCACAAUCAACAAUUAUUUUAGCAUAAUCCAUAAUUCUAUAGAAAGAACUUUCACAUUUGACUGAUUACCUUUGCAAUUGACCUUUACAAU